CUCUCAUCUUCACAAUUCCAAACUAGUAGUUCUUUCUCCAUUUUUUGUUUGGUUACUAGGAAAGGAAAAGAAAAGAAAAGAAAAAUCCUCUGUUAUGGCUUCCUCUAAAGGCCUAACUUUCCUAGCUUUGCUGCUUGUAUUGCUUCCAAUGGUUGCUAUGGGAGAUGACUUGCUGCCAGAGUUUUAUGAGAAGGUAUGUGAAGAAGUAAAUUGUGGGAAGGGAACUUGUGUAGCAAACAUAACAUAUGCAUUCAACUACAUCUGUGAAUGCGAGUCUGGUUGGAAGAGAACCCGAUACGACGAUGUUGAUGACGCUGCACCAUUUCUUCCUUGUGUGAUUCCAAACUGUACUCUGGACUACUCGUGCCAGCCAGCUCCACCUCCAGUUCCAGCAACAGAAGUUCCACGCAACUCAUCUUUCUUCGAUCCUUGUUAUUGGGCAUACUGUGGAGAAGGAAGUUGUACAAAGAACAAAACAUACAACUACGAAUGUUCAUGCCAAUCCGGGUUCUAUAAUCUCAUGAACAGCACUUACUUCCCCUGCUACAGCGAUUGUACGAUUGGAUCGGAUUGUGCAAGUCUCGGAAUUAAAGUUGCAAAUCAAGAAACCGGUGGAAGUCAAGGAACAUCAAUCCUGCCAGGAAAAUUUCACUGGAUCAUGAUCUUGCUCAUGUCAAUGGCUUUGUUCAUCAAGAAUUAAUUAGUCCCAGCUCGAUCACUGUGUUCUGUGAUCAAAUCUAUUAUUAUCAUCUCCCAGAUUCUUGUGUUGAUAGUUAGUAUGAAUAAGGCAGAUUAUUUAUUAUUCCUGAGAUUAUUGUUGUUGUUGUUGUUUGUUGUAUAAGACUUGUUACAGAUUGAAUAAUUGAUUUUAUGUAUUUGUUUGUU